AUGGGAGGACAUUCGAGGAGGUGGUGCGGCCCGAGUCCCGAGGACUUCAGUGCCCACGGCUUGUGACAUGAAAACCAGGCCCUUGCUCACCCCUCACCAGCACCAGCCCCACGCCCCUGGCCACUCCGACCCAUACGCUUCGCUCUCCUUUGCCUCGAGUCUUCGGGCAGGGCCACCACACCUUGCCCGCCGGGACCCACUUAGGAGGGAAGGACCUAGAAAUUCCCCAGCCCUGGAAUUUCAGGUCUGGGACCGGCACGGAGACGAACCUGGGCACGCUCGUGCCUUCACGCCCAGUCUCGAUAUUUUAUUAACAAAAAUCAAACCCAAAACGCCUUGAAAUUUUAAUGAGACCUCCUUCCCGGAGAAUCUCCUCAGAGGCAGUAAAAUUCUGGAGCUGGGGGCCGGAGGUUGGGGGAAGAAAGAGUUCCCCGACGUGUGACAUGGAGCUGAGUCACCCCCGGCGCCGGGUUAGUGAGGAGAGGGUGCCAGUGUGUGCUGCAGGUCCAGACCAGGCGCGACCCCGCUCGGGGAAACAGACGCCCCAUCCUCGCUCCGCGCCCCCGGCUCUCCCGCUGUCUCUUGAACUGCCGCGGGAUCCUCCGCCGGCCCGCUGCCGCCGAAGCCCGAGCGGAGCGCGGCGUGUCCGCCAGGCGGCGAUGCGGAGUCCAGCGGAGCGGGCAAGAGACCCGGAACCCCGGCCAGCACGCGGGACGCCGGCUGGGUGGUCAGCCGGAGACCCCACGCCUCCACCUUUGCACGGUUUUCGAAGUGGUGUCCCGGAGCUCCCUCCUGUCUGGAGGUGGAUGGUCCAGGCUAAGAAUGGCCUUUGGUCAUCAGGCACCCAGGGUCCUCUGCCUUCCUCUGUGCCAGCCCAACCAGGAAGCUUUCAUCCUCACGUCGUCAUCUCUGAGUCCAAAAUGGCUGCUGGAGCUCAGCUACCAUCACCUCAUUCCAGACAACAGGAAGGAGGAGUGAAAAGAGGUGCCUGGAGUCGUAUACUGCAAUGAUUUAGAGUGGGAUUUGUCAAAAAGUAAUUUUUAUGCCUAUAAAGACCUUUGGUUAGGGACCUGUUCAUUUUCGCCAUGCAAACCACACACAGCACCAAGCCAGGAAGAAGGGACAGAUCGUCUUUGAAAAAAGAACAACAACGAAAAUAAAAUCUCAUGGGAUGAAAGGGAGUAGCAUUGUAAACCUACCUCCCACCCCCUUCCAUGUUAUUGGAAAAAAACUGAAUACAGCCUCCAACUCAAAAGAGAGGCAGACCAAUGAUAAAUCAACUUUGCACUAACCUUACCUUAAAUAAUUACAAGGUAACUACAGAAAGGUAAAAGAAACAAGACACAACCAAAAAGAACACAAACGUUAUCACUGAAUCAUAGCGACCCUCGAGUGAGCUCUAAUCAUACCUCCAUACAUCCACACCGGCGCUUGGGACACACCUAUGCCGGGUCCUGGGGAGUGGAGGAGGCAGGUGGGUACAGGGGGGACAGAUUCGGAAAAGGGAAGACUUAGGGAGACUCCUAAGACUGAAAGGGGUAAGGAGAAAGCAGGAACAGGGAAUCUAUGAAUGUGAACAGUUUGGUUGCCCUGUUGCUGGAAGCUUCCUCGGCCUUAGGUCUCAAAAAGGGAGAGAGAUUUCAGAGUUCUCGGCUGACUUCUUUGCAUGUCUCUCUGUGUCUCUGCCAUUUUUCUUUCACACACUUUAUAAACAACUCUCCCCCACAUCCUCCAGGGGCGAUUCCUAUGGUGUGGGAAUUCUAUACCUUCCACAUCACUAGUUCUUAAGCCUUUUGUGGGUUGAGGGAAGGAUGCAGAGA